AGAUAGAUUGGCUUGAGCCCCGCCCCUUCCAGAGCCCUCUCCUGAUCAGAGUACUGAGAAGAAGGACUCCAUCUGUACACCCAGCUUUAGCUUUGGAUUCCUAUUUAAUAGUGAAUGUGAUUUCCAGGAGGAACGAAAAGUGACUGCGCUGCCUUAUAUCUCCAGAUGAAGUAAGAGCAAGUCAGAGGGUAUGUUCUCUCAUAGCAAUCCAGAGCCAAGGAGCCCAUCAUUCUACUGAGCUGCAGCUCCUGCUGCACAGCCUGAGUCAAUCAGACCUCCGCUAAGUUACCAGUGGAGGCUAACUGCACAUGUCUGAAGGAGAGGGUACAAGCUAAGCAGCACAAGGCACAGGAGGGAUUUACAUAAUCAUUUUGGCUACACUUGAAAAGAAAUAAGGUUUGUGAACUCUCAGUGACAAUACAAGAGGGGUAGUUCCUCCUAUUCCUAACUACUGAAGAACCACUGAGAUUAUCAAGUCGAAACCUUCUUGGACUGUUAAAUAAAGAAAAAGAGAAAUGAAGAUGGGUAAACUUGAACUGUGUCAUUAUCUCCAAAUUAUAGCUAUUUUCUUUUGUCUUUCUGGAAUAACUCAAGCUGAGCUGUCAAUGUCUACAUCCAAGCCUUACAUUCAGCCUGGGAAAUCUAGAUCAAAGCGCAGCUGGGUGUGGAAUCAGUUCUUUGUAUUGGAAGAAUAUACUGGUACAGAUCCUUUGUACGUUGGGAAGCUUCACUCUGAUGUGGACAAAGGAGAUAGUUCCAUCAAAUAUGUCUUGUCAGGGGAAGGAGCAAGUUCUAUCUUCAAUAUUGAUGAAAAUACUGGGGAUAUCCAUGCUACAAAGAGGCUGGAUCGUGAGGAACAAGCCUAUUAUACGCUACGGGCACAGGCUCUUGACAGGAUAACAAAUAAACCAGUGGAGCCUGAAUCAGAGUUUGUCAUUAAAGUGCAGGACAUAAAUGACAAUGAGCCUAAAUUUCUGGAUGGGCCUUAUAUUGCUGGAGUUCCUGAAAUGUCUCCAGUUGGAACGUCCGUGCUGCAGGUUAUAGCAACAGAUGCCGAUGAUCCCACUUAUGGAAACAGUGCUCGUGUGGUCUACAGCAUUCUCCAGGGUCAGCCCUAUUUUUCUGUGGAGCCAAAAACAGGUAUCAUUCGAACAGCCUUACCUAACAUGGACAGAGAAGCCAAAGAUCAGUAUUUGUUAGUAAUCCAAGCAAAAGAUAUGGUGGGACAAAUGGGUGGACUAUCAGGAACCACAUCUGUUACAGUGACUCUUACUGAUGUCAAUGACAAUCCGCCAAGAUUUCCACGCAGAUCUGAUCAAUACUACGUUCCAGAAUCUUUGCCGAUUGGCUCUGUUGUUGCCAAGAUAAAAGCAGCUGAUGCUGAUGUGGGACCAAAUGCAGAGAUGGAUUAUAAAAUUAUGGAUGGUGAUGGGAAUGGAGUUUUUAAAAUAUCUGUCGAUCAAGAUACUCAAGAAGGCAUAGUAACAAUUCAGAAAGAACUAGACUAUGAAACAAAAACCAGCUAUACUCUAAGAAUAGAAGCAUCAAACAAAAAUAUGGACACUCGAUUCAUCAGUGCAGGUCCCUUUGUGGAUACAACAACAUUGAAGAUUAUUGUAGAGGAUGUUGACGAGCCACCUGUGUUUUCUUCGCGCUUAUACACCAUGGUGGAGUCAGAAGCAGCAAAAGUUGGCACUAGUAUUGGAACUGUAUCUGCCCAUGAUCCAGAUGUAGCAAAUAGUCCAGUGAGAUACUCAAUAGAUCGCAAUACUGACCUUGAGAGAUUUUUCAAUAUUGAUGCCAACAGUGGACUCAUUACCAUAGCAAGAUCUUUGGACAGAGAGACCAAUGCAGUCCACAAUAUCACAGUCCUGGCCAUAGAAAGCCAAAAUCCAGCACAGAUUGGGAAAGGAUUUGUAGCUAUAAAUAUAGUUGAUAUUAAUGAUAAUGCUCCUGAAUUUGCCAUGGAAUAUGAGACUACUGUCUGUGAAAGUUCUCCCCCUGGUCAAGUAAUUCAAGAAAUAAGUGCAGUGGAUAAAGAUGAUCCAUCAAGUGGUCAUUGGUUUUAUUUUAGUGUACCACCAGAAGCAAAUAAUAUAAAUUUUACACUGAGAGACAAUAAAGAUAAUACAGCAUCGGUUCUAACAAGGAGAAAUGGGUUUCGGAGACAAGACCAGUCAGUAUUUUAUUUGCCCAUCGUUAUUGUGGACAGUGGAUCCCCUUCUCUUAGCAGUACAAAUACCCUGACUAUUAGAGUUUGUGACUGUGAUGCAGAUGGCAUAGCCCAAACAUGCAAUGCGGAAGCGUACAUCUUACCAGCUGGUUUGAGCACGGGGGCUCUCAUUGCAAUAUUAGCCUGUGUACUGACAUUGUUAGUGCUUGUCCUUCUCAUUGUAACAAUGAGACGACGAAAAAAAGAACCUUUAAUUUUUGAUGAAGAAAGAGAUAUCAGAGAGAAUAUCGUGAGGUAUGACGAUGAGGGUGGAGGUGAAGAAGACACCGAAGCCUUUGAUAUGACUACAUUAAGAAAUCUUAACAUCAUUAGAGACAACAAAUCACGAAGAGAUGUAACGCCAGAAAUUCAGUUUUUAAGUAGACCAUCUAUGAGAAGUGCUCCAGACAAUUUGAUCUUUAGAGAAUUUAUUUGGGAAAGACUAAAAGAAGCGGAUGUGGAUCCAUGUGCUCCUCCCUAUGACUCCCUGCAGACCUAUGCAUUUGAAGGGAGUGGCUCAGUUGCAGACUCACUUAGUUCACUGGAGUCAGUCAGCUCAAACUCUGAACAUAAUUAUGAUUACUUGAGUGACUGGGGCCCACGUUUUAAAAGACUUGCUGAUAUGUAUGGAACUGGUGAGGACACCUUGUAUUCAUAGCAUUUGAAUACAUUUGAUUAAUGCACUACAAAAAAAAAACCAACAACUCAGUAUUGACUAUAACAAUGUACUUAUGUUCUCAUUUUAAUAUUUUAGGAUUUUUGUUUUGUGAAAAACAAUAUCUUUGUUAUACCUGUCCUGGGGACUGCACUGACAAUUCAUCUUUUAUUUUUUAGAUUAUAAAAAUGUAUGUGAGCUUAUGAAAACAGAUUUGUUAUAUUACGAUAGCGGUAUCUUGUGACACAAUUUCAUUUCCAAACAAAAAUUGCCACUAAUCAUCUAAGGACUGAUUCUGGUUAGCUGAAAUUUUUGACAAAAAGGGGAGUCAAUUACAGUAUGGUAACAUGUGCAGGAUGUGGUUUAAUUACAUAUUUUGUAAUUUCACAGCCAUUGUUAUCACGCCAUCUAACAAUUGAUUCACUAUAUGGAU